AUGACUGAUACAGAAGUAGGAAUUUCCGGUAAUAAUAAUGUUACAGGUGUCGAUACAGAAAUAGAUUUAUAUGCUGAUGUUGUUGAAAAUGAACUUGAAACAGAAGCCGAUGAUAAUUAUAUACUUCAAAAUGAACAUCUUAAACAUAUGCAACAAGAUGCUGAUUUAUAUGAUGAUGUAAUAACAACACAAUCAUCCGUAACUGAUUUCGCUGAUAUAACACAUCCAGUUCAUCAAAAUAAUCCAAAAAUUGAUCAUCCAAAUGGACCAACUAUUAAUGUAAAUUCAUCAUUGAAUGCCUAUGGUGGAAAACGAUUUUCACUUUAUGUUGGUCAACUAACUUGGUGGACAACUGAUGCUGAUUUAGCAGAUGCUAUUCCUGAUGUAGGAGUGAUUGAUUUACUUGAAAUUAAAUUUCAUGAAAAUCGUGUUAAUGGUCAAUCAAAAGGAUUUGCUGUUGUUACUGUUGGUUCAGAAACAUCAUCUCGUCUUAUAUUAGAAAAAAUACCAAAACGUGAAAUUCAUGGACAAAUGCCAACUGUUUUACCAUUUAAUAAAACUUCAUUAAGCUUCUUUGAAGGUGUUACUCGUAAAGAUGCACCUAUGGAAACAAUGCCACCAAUGGGUGUACCACCUCUUCGUCCUAUGAUGCAUCCACCAAUAGGUCUUCCAUUACCAAUACCUCGUGGUGGUCAUAUGGAUGGACCAUACCGUUUUUCACAUCAAGGACCUGUUAUGUUACCUGGUGGACCAGCUGGUAUGGCUCGUCCAUCAUUACAAAUAGCACUUGGUCAACGUGGUCCUGUACCUGGUGGUCCUAUGAUUCUUGGACGAGUACCUGGUCCACCUCAAUCUGUUGGUGUUCCUCAACAACAAUCUGUUCUUGUCAUGCAACAAUCACAACGAUCUGGUGUACCUCCAGGUACUAGUGGACCUCCUCUUAUUAGACAAUCCAUUCGACCUGGAACACCAGGUGUACCUUUACCUUCCAAUUCCAUGACUGUUAUGCCUGGUCAACAUCCUUCUAAUUAUUAUCAAGGUCAACCAGUACCAAAUCAAGGACCUCCUCCACAUGGUCUCACAAUGCCUGGUCAACCACAUCCUGAUCCAUAUUAUCGUGGUGUUGAAAAUCCAACAAGUGAUUUUGGUACAGCUAUUGAAACAUUAGUUACAGCUGUAUCACUUAUAAAACAAUCAAAAAUUGCUCAUGAUGAUCGAUGUAAAAUAUUAAUCAGUUCACUUCAAGAUACUCUUAAAGGUAUUGAAGAUAAAUCUUAUGGACAAAGAGCACGUCAUCGAAGUCGUUCUGGAUCACCUUGUGAAUCACGUAAGAAACAUCGUCAUCGUACACGUAGUCCACGUGAUCGAAAUGAAUAUCGACGUAGUAGUGAAGAUUACGAUGGAAAAUAUAGUCGUGAUCAUCGACGACGAUGA